AUGUCCGAGGCCCGAUUCAAAGACGUGGGCUCCAAUGCGAGGGCGGAGUCUCUGCGCGUUGCGGACAUAGAACACAUGCCAGUCACCGACGAUCCCCGAGUAUGGACAAGCAUUCGCAAGAGCGUCGUUUUGUGGCUCAUCGCGUCUGCCUCGAUGAUUGCCGGCCUUGCCACCAACAUUCAGAACCCCGCCAUCGAAAACAUGGAGCAGGAUUUGCCUGCGACGGCCUCACAGAUCAGUCUCUCUAUCAGUUUGUUUAUUGCGAUUCAAGGAUUUUGUCCGCUGCUCUGGACAGCAUUGAGUGAAAUAAAGGGCCGCAAGGUUGUCUACGUAACCUCUAUCGCAAUAUUUACCGGGGGUUCGAUCGCUGUCGCACUGAGCAAGACAAUUACUCUUGUGAUUGUCUUUAGAGUGGUCCAGGCUGUUGGAUCAAGUGCAGUCAUGUCUAUCGGCGCGGCAACUCUUGCUGAUAUUUUUGAUCCGGUGGAACGAGGGACCAAGCUCGGUGUGCAGCAGUGCAUAUUAUCUUGCUCCUUUAGCUGGGCCAUCUCUCGCACCGAUAAUGGGUGGGGCUCUCACAACACGGUUCAACUGGCGUGCACCCUUUUGGUUUCUCGCAAUUGUCUCCGGAACAAGUUGCAUUUGCAUCCUCUUGUUUUUCCGAGACACGUUCCGAAAGGAACGCAGCUUGACGUACCAAAUGAGCCAAUCACCACCACCACCACUCCAGUUGGAAAGGAGGCGGACCUAGAGAAUCAACAGCUGACAGUCGCAGAGGCUAGCGCUACUCUUCCGAUGAUCAAACUCACCUUCCGCGACGUCAACCCGAUUCAGCCGCUAUGGAUCGUGAUGCGAAGACCAAAUAAUCUGGUGAUUUUGCUCGCCUCUGGAUUGAUGUUUGCUUUCAACUUCGUUGUGGUUUAUAGUGCAUCUCGUGCUCUCGAAAGCUCGUAUGGAUACAACGCCCUACAGACAGGCUUUAUCCUGUUGUCUUUUGGAAUCGGCUCGUUGGCUGGUUCCCUAGUUGGCGGUCGGUACUCUGAUACCAUUCUCGCUCGACUCAAAACAAAUAACGGGGGUGUUGGCCAGCCAGAGAUGCGUUUACAGAGCACGACAAUCGGCUUAAUUUGCCUACCGCCGAGCGCUCUGGCAUUUGGUUGGGUGACUUCAAAGCACAUCCAUGUCGCCGCGAUCUGUGUUUUCCUGUUUUUGUUGGAUGCAAAUAAUGGUCGCUCAUCGACUGUGGUCGCUGCCAACAGCUGCUUCCGCGGAAUCAGUGCAUUCGUGGCCACAGAAGUAGCAGUUCCGCUCCAGGAAUCGGUAGGCGAUGGAUGGCAAUAUACUAUUUGGGCCGGUUUACUCACACUAGUCGGGUUGUUGAUUUGGAUGGUCGCCUCGAAAGGUGGCAAGUGGCGAGAAACAGCAGAGCUUCGAGAGAACUGCAGCGAUGGGGCCGCUAUCAAGAUCGUUCGGCCUGAGGCAGUUGCUGAACAAAGUUCUCUCCCUCCAUCUUCCAAAGUAGCGAGUCAGAAGGGUAACUCUCUAAUUGAGCUCACCUCACGACAACUUAUGAAGACAAAGGUUGUGCCUAUUACCACCCACCGGCGCGUCUUCCUUGUGCUUCCUCUCUCUAUUCUUACCCAUUCGACAAUCCAGGCGCCAGACGCUUUAUCCAUUCCCAGGGUGACCUCACCCGCGAUAACAACAUCAGCAUCUCCGCCUGUGAUCUCAACUCCCCCGCCAACCCUCGCUGCCAAUGCAAUUAAUGCCCCUGUCUUUGUGCCCAAAUUUCCGACUCGCUUACACACGCAAAGUCCAGCACCAGCCUCAAGUCCACCUCCUCAAUCCCCUUAUCCAUCCGAAAUGACAUUUGACGACUACACGGACUAUCCGCCUCAAGUUGACGAGACAUCUAACGGAUACUACCAUGAUCCAAACGCGUACGACUCAUACCCCCCUGGACAAGAGGACUAUUACAUGAACAUGACGAUGCCAGUUGGUCCAGUAUUCAUCCGUCAACCGUUGAACUACCAUCUAUAUUCAACACCAGUUCCACCAUCAUUCCUUGCCAACUCCACGGAUACGCAUUUCCUCUCUCCUUCUCAUGAACUUCGGACGCUCCUUCAGACGCGCAGUGAAGACUUACAUAUGGCCGCGACACCUGGUCUCGGGCUUCCAGAAGAGAUGCAGGGUUAUCACUCCAUCAUCCCACUCGAUAACCUCUCACUGGAUCGGCGCAAGUUUGGAAACUGGAACUCGACGGUUUAUCGAGCAGUCAAUUCUAAAGACGGAGCUACAUACUGUCUGCGCCGAAUCGAGAAUUUUCGUAUGACCAACCAAAGCGCGUUCACGGCAAUCGAAACAUGGAGCAAACUUCGUCACCCAGGGAUUGUCGCUGUCCAAGAAGCGUUCACCACUCAUGCUUUUGGGGACAGCUCUUUGGUUGUCGCGUAUGCGUAUUAUCCAAAAGCUAGAACACUCCUCGAAACACAUCUCAAACCUGGCUCUUCCCACGCUCAUCAUGGACGAUAUCAACCGCCUACAAACCUUUCCCUUCCCGAGCGAACACUGUGGUCGUACAUUGUGCAACUUGCGACCGCAAUCAAGUAUGUUCAUGAUGCCGGCCAGGCUCUACGUAUGAUCGACGCCAGCAAAAUUCUCGUCACUGGAAAGCAUCGUUUGAGGGUUAGCUCUUGCGGUAUUGUCGAUGUCCUUCUCCACGAUUCCUCUCAGCCACAUACCCACUCGCAUUCUCAUCCUAUCGCUCAGCAAGACAUGCAUUCUCUACAACAGGAAGAUUUGACGAUGUUUGGGCGAUUGAUUUUUGCUUUGUGUUCGGGACAGGUUCUAGGAUGGAGCGGAGGCAAUUUCCAGAAGACUAUUGAAAUGAUGGGAAGAGUCUAUAGCCCGGAGGUCAAAGCUGUCGCAUUCCUCUUGACACUGACAAUUGCCCAGAAUAUCAACCAGGUUAUGGACAUCAUCAGCACAAGAGUUGCCGAUGAGAUGGCUGACGCUCUGACAGCCACGGACGUCCUAGAAAAUGAGCUGAUGACGGAACUGGAAAAUGCCAGACUCGUUCGGCUUCUCUGUAAACUGGGCUUCAUCAAUGAGCGACCUGAAUUCGCGCGCGACGACCGAUGGUCCGAGACUGGAGAUCGCUAUAUCGUCAAGUUGUUCCGCGACCAUGUCUUCCACCAGGUCGAUGAAUCCGGCAACCCAAAUGUCAACUUGGGGCAUGUCCUAGCAUGUUUAAACAAGCUCGAUGUGGGCACGGAUGAAAAAUUGAUGCUCACCGCACGAGACGAACAAAGCUGUCUCGUCGUCAAUUAUAGGCAAAUCAAAGGAUGUGUGCAAUCGGCGUUCGAUGAGCUGGCCCGCCCCUCCGGCAAUGGUGGGUAUCGCUGA